AUGCGCGCGGAGGCCGCACCUGGCGGCUUCCCGUCCCUCCAGGACAACCUGUGGCUGGGCGGCGGCGAGGGCGAGGCGGUGGCCACUGCGCUGGUGCCCAAGCUCCACAAGACGCGGGACAACGUGGAGAAGCUGCUGUUUGAGGUGGCCACCCUUGAGGUAGCCCUCAAGGCGGGCACCGACGCGGUGACGCUGGCCAACCUGAUGCCCAGCCGAUGGGCCAACUUCAUCCGGAACAGCCCUAUGGAUGAGGUUAAGCCGCUCGGCACGACCACGCGGAUCUAA